AUGGCGUUCAUGACCGGCACCGUGAUGUUCUGUUGGAUUGGCGUACAAAACACGACCGGGCUAUAUGUCUGGACUGCUUUUUAUGGCUUUGCUGUUGGCGGAGUUCAGUCACUGUUUCCCUCCGUGCUCAGUAGCUUGACCACGGACCCUCAAAAGCAGGGUACGAGAAUGGGCAUGGUUUUCACGGUGGUCAGCUUCGCAUCUCUCACCGGAUCGCCGAUUGCAGGAGCCAUUAUCGAUGCGAUGGGGGGCAAAUACGUUGGCGCACAAGCAUUUGCCGGUUGUUGCAUGAUGUUGGGAAUGGCAUUCGUUCUUUCUGCACGGAUUUGCAAGACACGGAAGAUGGGAGCAGGGACAUUCGCUUUCAUCAAGGUUUGA